AUGUCUCGCCCUCUUCUCUUCCCACCCCUCCUCCUUUUCCUUGUCGUCUCCGCCUCCGCCCAUGGCGGCCAUUAUGAUGACAAUUCCAAUUCCGACAUCAAAUACUCACCCCUUGAAAAGCCUAACCUGAUGAGACCUUGGUCCUUCAUUCUGGUCAAUAUAUUGUGCCAGAUUCUCGUGUUUGUCGGGGGAAUACUCCCCUACUUUCUCAGGUUGAACGAGGGGUUCUUGGUGCGCGGGACCAAGUUCGCCACCACUGUGUUUCUGGUUACUGAUAGAACUGUUCUGGUGCAUAUUUUGACCCAUGCUAAAAAAAACCCGUUAUUCUCGUUCAUGGUCACGAGUUGUGGCUACCUGGUCGUUAUGUUUGCUGGUGGUGUGAUUUCUUAUAUUUAUGGGAAGCAAACAAAUACAAAUGGGGGCUCGAAUACACCCACCGUCGAUCUUCAGCUCCAAGGUUUAAUAUUCUUUGAUCUUUUUAUUUUCCCAUGCAUUAUGUAUGAAUUUACUGAUCCAGGCCAUAUGUUGCAACAUAUAUAUAUAUAUGCAGGAAACGUCGCCGAGGGUGGAAAUUUAAAUGGACAAUACCAUGAAUAUUUCUUGGCACUCGAGGACAGCCUGCCUCUGAUUUUCGCGCUGUGCUUCCAUUCAGUCUUUGAGGGGAUUGCCACUGGAGUUGCAGGAGACACCAAAGCCGCCGGUGAUGUUUGGACAAUCUGCUUCCAGAAAAUAUUUGCCGCUGUUGCAAUGGGAAUAGCACUGCUGAGAAUGAUCCCGGAUCGCCCGCUCUCCUCCUAUAUAGCUUAUGCACUAACAUUUGCCAUUUCCAGUCCAACCGGCGUUUCCAUUGGGAUUCUGAUCCACGCCACAACUCAAGCCUCUGUUGCGGAUUGGAUUUACUCUAUCUCAAUACACCUUGCGUAUGGAGCUUUCCUAUUCAUUUCCAUUAACCGUCUGCUCUCCAAGGGUUACGGACCUCAGCCGCCGGUCGCCGUCGAUAAGCCUUAUCACAACUUCCUGGCCCUUCUUCUUGCCAUCGGAAUCAUGACAGUUAACAUCUGA